AUGUUACACUCCGCCAUUUGGCCUGUGGUGACUCGAAAGAGUCGGUUAGUUUUACGGCCACCGACAGUGGCCUUGUUCACUUCGAAUACCACACAUUUUGCAGAGGCAAAUCCUUCUGCCUCUUUAGAGAGGAAACCCAACACAAAUCGUUCCUUUAUGAUGAACUUGUUUAGUGGUAAACUGCAAACUUCCGAACUAUUUCCCUAUCCGGAGCCAUUGAACGAGGAGCAGAAAGAGUACGCACGGGCGUUGGUCGAUCCGGUGCAUAGAUUUUUCACGAAAGUCAACGAUGCGGUGAGAAAUGAUGAUACGAGUAAUGUGGAUUCCAAAACCAUCGAUGCCCUGUGGGACCUUGGGUUGCUUUCGGUGUAUGUACCACCCGAACUGGGUGGAUUAGGACUUUGCAACGUGCAGUCGGUGCUGAUGGCCGAAAUCAGUGGUGGUUACGAUCUCUCUUUGAGUUUGAUGAUCGGCGCCCAUAAGAGUAUCGGCACGAAAGGAAUUCUCCUGUACGGUAGCGAGCAACAGAAACAAAAGUAUUUGCCCAUGCUGAGUACGGGCCGUGUGUUUGGAGCUUUCGCAUUGACCGAGCCCGGCUCUGGAUCGGAUGCAGCGUCUAUUAAAACUAAGGCCGUACUAAGUUCGUGUGGGAAGUAUUACCUCAUGAACGGUUCGAAGCUGUGGAUUUCGGGCGGAGGCCUGGCGGACGUGUUUACUACCUUCGCUCAGGUGGAAGUGGUCGAUCCGCAGACAGGAGAGAAGCGUAACAAAAUGACGGCAUUUAUCGUGGAGCGAAGUUUCGGAGGCGUUAGCACGGGACCGCCGGAAGAUAAGAUGGGCCUAAAGUGUUCGGUCACGAAUGAGCUGUUUCUGGAUGACGUUAGAGUGCCGGUGGAGAACGUGCUGGGGGAGAUCGGUUGUGGUUUCAAGAUUGCCGUGAACAUCCUGAAUUCGGGCCGCUACGGCCUGGGUGCAAUGCUUUCGGGAACGAUGAAAACAUGCAUCGAAAAAGCCACCGAACACGUGACCAGUCGUGUGCAAUUCAAGCGUCAUCUGAUCGAGUUUGAGAACGUCCAGGAGAAACUGGCCAUGAUGGCUACCCACCACUAUGUGGCACAGAGUUUGACGUACAUGGUUUCCGGUAACAUGGACCAGGGAUCGGUGGACUUCCAUCUGGAGGCGGCCGUUAGCAAGGUGUUCUGCACGGAAGCGGCGUGGUACGUCUGUGACGAAGCCAUUCAGCUGCUCGGAGGCAAUGGGUUCAUGAAGUCGAGCGGAUUGGAGCGAUUCCUUCGAGAUAUUCGUGUUUUUCGCAUUUUCGAGGGUGCGAACGAUGUACUGAGAAUGUUUAUCGCUUUGACCGGUAUCCAACAGGCGGGAAAAAGCUUACAGGAAAUUCAGAAGUCGCUAAAGAACCCACUGGGAAAUAUAGGAGUGAUUCUGGCAGAAGGUUCCAGGCGUUUUGAGCGCAAGGUUGGAAUGGGACGUACGGAUUUGAGCCCUUUCGUUGCGAAGGAACUACACAACGCUGCCAAGCAGUGUGCUGAGAGCAUCGAUAUAUUCAGCCAAACUGUAGAAUCUCUGCUUCUUAAACACGGAAAAGCCAUAACAGAACGGCAGUUUCUGCUGGCAAGGGUGGCCGACAGUGCCAUCGAUAUCUACGCAAUGGCAACCACCCUUUCUAGAGCAUCCCGCGCAGUUCGACUCGGUCUUCCAUCGGCCGAGCAGGAAGUUCUGAUGACUCAGAUCUGGUGCAAGGAGGCGAAUGAGCGUGUCCUUUCGAGCGUAAACCGAAUCCAUUCGAGGGCUUCCCAAGAGAACUAUCGUCGAAUGGCCACCAUCGCAAAGACCGUCUCCGAGCGAAGAGGAUUACCGUACACGAAUCCGAACGAAAUUGACUGA